GAAAAAGAAGAGUUGAUUGAAGAAUGGCAGCCAGAGCCUCUUGUACCUCCCGUACCAAAAGAUCACCCAGCUCUCAACUACAACAUCGUUUCAGGUCCUCCCACCCAUAUAAUCACUGUUAAUGGCAAGGAAUGUAUAAACUUUGCAUCGUUUAACUUUCUUGGACUUUUGGAUAAUGAAAAGGUUAAGAGUGCAGCCCAGGCAUCUCUGAAGAAAUAUGGUGUUGGCACUUGUGGACCUAGAGGAUUCUAUGGUACUUUUGAUGUACACUUAGAAUUAGAAGAACGCCUAGCAAAAUUCAUGAGGACAGAGGAAGCUAUUAUAUAUUCAUAUGGAUUUGCAACAAUCGCCAGUGCUAUUCCUGCAUAUUCGAAAAGAGGGGACAUUGUGUUUGUAGAUGAAGCUGCCUGCUUUGCUAUUCAGAAGGGAUUACAAGCAUCUCGUAGUAACAUCAAGUUAUUUAAGCAUAAUGAUAUGGCUGACCUUGAACGCCUGUUGAAAGAACAAGAGACUGAAGAUCAAAAGAACCCUCGCAAGGCCCGUGUAACUCGAAGGUUUAUCGUAGUGGAAGGAUUGUAUAUGAACACAGGAGACGUGUGCCCUCUUCCAGAAUUGAUAAAAUUGAAGUAUAAAUACAAAGUUAGAAUAUUUUUGGAGGAGAGCCUUUCCUUUGGAGUCCUUGGAGAACAUGGAAGAGGAAUUACUGAACACUUUGGAAUAAAUAUUGAUGAUAUCGAUCUUAUUAGUGCAAACAUGGAAAAUUCAUUGGCUUCAAUUGGAGGAUUUUGCUGUGGAAGAUCUUUUAUUAUUGACCAUCAGCGAUUGUCUGGUCAAGGCUACUGCUUUUCUGCAUCCCUACCUCCUUUGUUAGCUGCUGCUGCUAUUGAGGCUCUGAAUAUUAUGGAAGAUAAGCCAGACAUUUUUCAGACUCUCCGGGCUAAAUGUGAACGAAUUCACAAAUCUUUACAGGGGAUUUCAGGCUUAAAAGUAGUGGGAGAAUCUUUUUCUCCAGCAUUGCACCUGCAGUUGGAAGAGAGCUCUGGAUCUCGAGAAAAUGACGUGAAGUUACUCAAAAGAGUUGUGGAUUAUUGUAUGAAUAGUGGUAUUGCAUUAACUCAGGCCCGCUAUCUGGAGAAAGAAGAAAAAUGUCUUCCUCCACCCAGUAUUCGAGUAGUGGUAACAGUGGAACAAACAGAACAAGAACUGGACAAAGCUGCAUCACUUCUUAAGGAAGCUGCACAGUCUGUAUUGAAUUAGAGUGCUGUUUUGGAUUCUUUUUUCCCCAAAUUGUCAGGAUAAAUAUUUUACACUGUACAGCGACUUCACUUCAGAUAUUCAAGUUCUUCCA